CUGUACAUAACAAAAGGUAUUCCAACUGCUCUUCAGCUCCUUUAAAGAGAUGGGAAUAAUAGAUAGCAUUAAGGAAACGCUGUCCAAGGCGGUGUUUUCUCCUUUGACUCUGUUAUCCUUUCGAGGCGGACUACACAUGGCUCAGAUCAUUCUGUCUCUUGUCGCCUUUCUACUGUCUGUCUUCAGAGGAAACAGCACCCACUCCUACUGGGGAUAUGCUAUGUUCACCUGGGCCUUCUGCCCCAUCAUGACCCUCAUCAUCACCAUUAUUGAGAUGUUCAAGCUCGACAUCAUACUCAAUAUUUGCAUGGACUGGUCGGACUUCACCACAGGGAUGGCCAUGUCCUCUACACUUAUGACCGUCUCUGUCGCCAUCACGUAUGUGAACUUCUACGCCUGCCUGACGUGCUUUUACAGCCUGAUAGUGUGUCUUUUCGCAAUCUUGGCUGCCGUUAUGUACACACUCGAAGUGGUGAAAGACAAAAUAUUAGACAAGAAGAAAGGAAGCUACCUGGCCGCUCUGCCUGGAUUCUUUAAGGUUUUGGAGGCGUUUGUGAGCUGCAUGAUUUUUGUCUCAUUGACCGGUUUCAGAGACAAACCGGCGCUGAUCAUAUGUGUCAUCGCCUACAUCAUUCCUUUCCCCAUCCUCCCUCUCAUCAUAGCCACCAACAUCCUGAAGAAGCUGAAGACGUGUUUGCCCUUUAACCUGAACAGAUUUGUGUUUAUAUUCCUGGUGAUUUCCGUUGUGCUAUAUAUUUUUACUGCUAUUGUGUGGCCUAUUUUUAUGUUUAGGAAUAACCCUCGACCCAGUGACUGCCCGCCCAGCUACUGUAUCUGGGCCAUACAGUUCAUGGUUGCCUUUUUUACCUAUGUCAAUCUUAUUUUGUUUUCAAUCGAUCUUGUUUUCACCCUGCUUGGUAUACAUGGCUUUAACCGCACAUAGUGGUGACAUUCCUAUCACAACAUGGCCUAUACAGACAGAAAAACUGUAUGGUAAAUACAACAUGUUCCCAUAGCAUUAAAAUAAUACAUUGUGUAUAUUCCUUGUCAGCCCUAAAGGGAGUUUCAUUUGCCGCUGUCUUUUUUAAUCAUCCCCUUUUUAGCUGCUUGGAAAUGUACGUGUUAUGGCCCUGCCAAUUAUGUUUGCAAGUGUUGAAUUAUGUCUGUUUGAAAGUGAGAUUACACAUGAAUUAACAUACCCGUGUUUCCUGGGAUCUGUCAGUUACAAAAAAAGAGCAAGAAAAACUAAAAUGGGAAUAAAGUAACGCUUUGAUAAAAAUGUGUUACCCUAUUUCUGUGAUCUGGUUUUGUCACUAAGACAUAUUUUUGGGGACUGAGAUAAAAACACUGA